AUGGCUAGCAAUAUAACGCCGUCGAACGAUGCUCAAGAUGUGCAACAACAGGACAAACAAAAUGCCGUGAAUCAAGUACAGACUGGUAUUGAACAGCAGACGGCAGAGGCAAUUGCAGCUAACAACAAAUCUCCGUCGGCUAUUAAAAAACAAAUUCAGAGCAUACGUUCCCUCUUUUCGCGACCGAAACGAGAAGAUAAAUCACGUAAAUCGUCCCAUGAUCCUUCAGAUGAUAUUUUACGGUCUAGAUGUAUGAUGUUUUUUCCUACAUCGGGUCGUAUGGGAUUUGACAAAGUCAAAGUAUCGGAUGAAUUGCCCCCAAUCGAGAUCCUACGCGAAAUGAUUACUUAUGAAACAAGUAUCCGAUUAUCGGAACCAAUUCAAGAGCUCAUGGAUAUUUAUCACAAGGAUGAGGCUGCACUGAGAUAUAUACUCGAUCUCAUUCAACAGCAUGUUGUGGAACAUUUUGGAUAUCAUCAUGUCAAUGCUUUACGUACAGCUUUGCAUCGAUUUCCAGAUGAUCCGGCAGUGAAAUCAGCUUAUUAUGUGAAGCACAAUAAGCUGACCAACCAUUGGUCAUUUUGGCUGGCUCAACUAGCUGACCUCCAUUUCGGGCGUCUGCUGAGCGAAUUAACGCGCUAUUUCGCUCGCAUGCGUCCGAUGGCUUGUGUUUCUUGGUAG